UUUUUUAUAGCUGACUCUGGCAGCACAUGAAUGGCAGGAGAAGAUUCCUUACCGCCUCUGUAAUAUCGGUCCAGAACUCCAACUUUGUGUAUCCAUCGUGCCAAAACUGCUUUUCCCGGCUGCACCUAGAUUUGGAGAGGUUCAGCUGCCUGAAGUGUGGCUGCUCGGGUGAGGCCGGAGAAGCAAACUAUAGGUAUCGGCUCUCGCUCAAAGUCGCCGACACUCACGGGGUGUUCCUGGUGACUGUAUUCGGCAGCUGCCUGGAAGCUUUCUUUGGAGUCACAGCAAAGAGCCUGCAGAGGUACAUUGAGGACUUGAACCCGGAAGCCGGAGAAGCAGCCGAAGAAACAUCACCAAGCGCGGUGAUUCGGGCCGUUGAGACCUGUUUCAUUGGGAAGAAAUUCAUCUUCGGCGUGAAGGAUUCCGAAAAGCAAGAUGGUGCCAACCGCUUGCAGAACGGCUCUCAAGUCGGCCAUUGCCCCAGAGCUCUCACAGCCUGUCAGAUGUUUGCCCCGAAUCCCGGGCUGGUGGGCUGCACCGUUCUCCAUUACCUCCAUCAGCACCGACGCUCUUCCGGUUCCAAAGGCAGUCACGGGGGCGGAUGGUCUCCUGGCGGCCUCUUCGCAGCACUCUAUCAGCCAAGCGGCGAGCUUAGUGACUUACCCAGCUCUGGGGACCAGGACGUGGUUCCUUCCACUCACGCGCAUUGUCUUUCAAGCCUCUGGCCCCAAUCGUUUGGACUGACCUCCUCAUCCGUUUCUGGGGGGAUAGCUGCAGAUCCAGCAGCCUUAGAUUCGAGGAGAACUGCUUGCAAUGAGCAGCAAUGGGACAACAGUCCUUUUUCUCUGCAGCACUGCAACCAAUCUAUUGGCAAGUCCCAGGACGAUAACCUGACUGCAAAUGAGAGGGACGUACAGGGAGGUGAUAAAUUUUGUUUGUGUCCUACUUGGCAUAACAGCGUUUUUGUAACAAAGGAGGCACAGAGCCAUUCCUCAGAAAGAAAUGAUUACAAGGCACCGCAGGAUCCAUUAGAAAUAGGGAAGAAAGAUUCCCCUGGCAAAAUUAGGAAACAGCAUAGCCAUGGUCUGGAAAAAUCACCGAACCCUCCGCAAAAGUAUUCUUUUUCUCCACUCGUCUCGUGUGCCAGCCAUUCUAAAGAUGGUAGAAGCUCCCAAGAUGACCCAUGGUUUUGGGAUGAACUGCCCUUUUCUGAGAGCCUAAGUGAAUUCAUUGCCAGAAUUGAGAAUGGCAACACUGUGGUGUCACCAACAGAGGCAGAAGUUUGGGGAUACUUCCCAGCCAAAGGGGCCGGUGAAAUCCAUGGACGCGUUGACCAGUUGCCCCCUCAGCUAGAUGUCCCUUCCGCAACUGGCCAAGCACAUGAGAAGCUGGAGGCGGUAGCUGAGAAGGUGGACGUGUCCAAACAACCUGUUCUCUCUCGUCACCAGUCUAACCAGCUGUCUCCUAGUGGCAAAGAAGAUCAAAAGGAGACCUCUUUCAGCGCUUUGUCUACUCAAGGAAAGGAUGAAUGGGAAUGUCUACCUGGCCAUCAUCGGAUCCCUUUGCCUCAGCUCUCUCCAAUUGCAAUUAAGCCUUCCGGUUUAAAGGGAAGUUGCCUGUUACCCAAGAAAGGAGCUGACCGAGAUGCUGCUGGUCGCGAGAACCACCAUACCUCUUCUUUAAAGGCUGCCAGUAACUGCCUCAAAAGCCCUGUCCACUUAAAUAGUGAGUGUGAGGACAGUGUAACCGUCUUGAGAAAGGCAGAAAGCUCUCGCUGUAAGCCAAAACAAACAGCAUGCGAAAAUCUGGACAAAGUUCGCAAUGGGCAGCCACUCCCAGAGGUACACGAAAGUCACUGUCAAGGGGGUGAGAGCAGCAAUUUGCUAUGGGACUCUUCCAUUUACCCCCAGGGCAGUUACAACGCUUCAGCUGAUCUCUUUGACGCUAGCACCACGGGGGCAGAAGUCGUCGUAGGGACGUUAAGCACAGGCCAGGUGUUCUCGGCACAGCGGGGCACACUCACUGCAAAGCCCACAGCUUCGGGACGCAAGCCAAGAGCGUCAGAGGCUAGCUGGAGCACGUCUCGUAGUGAGCUGUCCUUCCUUGAUUUGUUUGCUGCUUCUGACCCGAAAGCAAGCACCCCGCGGGCUAGUUCGGCACUUGUGUCGGAACACAGUCCUUCAAGCCCCCAAGACUUUGUGCCUUCUUCUCAGUCCACUCCUCGGGUGCAACCACGUCAACAGGCAAGGCUCCCUCAGAGGAAAGCCUCAGUUCUUAGCAAAUUGGCACUGAAUGAAUCACAUUGGAUCAGUGCCGAAUGGAAGAGACCCUUCAAACGCCCAUCAGUAAAGCAGCUCUUCAACAAAUUUCUGCAAUCCGGAAGGCCAAACGACGUGAACUCUGCAACGACUCGGGAGUUGUUUAUCAAUGGUAGCCCAGCCCAGGAGCUGUCCGAAAAUGACGAUGCAGAAUGGAUUCCUCCGUCCGAGAAAAAACGAAGGCAGCCGCUUCCUUUCCAGAAUCAAAAAACGUUUCGGUCGGGGAGGAUCCGGGACAUCACGGAGAAGACUCCUUUUUCCGAAAGGCCAACAAGAUGGGAGAUUCCAGGAGGUCCCGUUGGGUUGGCAAGAGCCGAGUUCUCUCCUAAAAAACGGCAGCCGGCGGAGGUUAAUGAAGACGUGGCUGAUCCCAAGCAGGUAGCGGUGGGAUCCCCUGGGUUUCGUGCCUUUUCAGCCGGCGGCUGGCCAAACCUGUCUUCCACCCCUCGUUGCGCACCUGACUCAGUGAAUUGGUCUCCUGAACUGUUUGGAGACAGAAGUCAGCUCCUCACUACGGAAGCCGUUGUGAAAAGCCCUACCUCAGAUGCCAGUUCCCUUCUGAAGCGUGCCCUUUUCAGGCCCAGUUGGAGCCAUUUUCAAUAGAUCCAAAGCAAUUGUGUGAUGGGAAAGAAAUGCUUUAAAAAAAAGAAAAUCAUCCCCCCCUCCCCCCGUUUGCGCACACAUUAUAUUUUUUGCUUUCCUUGUGACAUUUUUAAGCAAGGAAUUACGUCUGCUUGUAAAGCCUUGGUCAUGGCGCAGCUGAAGUAACUGUCGCUACGCCGUCCCCAAUUUUCACAGAGUAUUAAAAUAAUAAUUGUUUUCUUUAAAAAAAAGGAAAUAAAGAAAAAAUUCCCUUCA